AUGGGGCCCGUACAGACUCCGUGGACCUCAAUCCUGUUACAGAAAAAGCCUGGGUUGCAUGAGUACAAUCAUGCCCUCAACAACGUCGAGAAAUACUACAGCCGCCUUCAUACCGCUAUGCAAAGCGAGAAUGUCCGCGACCAGCUAUCUCUAAACCCAGACCAAAUCCAUUCCCGCCUUCUCAAGUCCUUUGAAAUACUACGCACUAAGCAACUGUCAGGUCCUGUUGCAGAAGAAAUACUCAAGGUCAUGGUGCUCUCCUUCGUUAACGAUGACAUCUUUUCUCCAGCACAGGUGAUUCAGCUUGUUGGCUCCUCCCUCCCAAUUAUUCCAAAACAGUCACUUCAUUCUCAGUAUCUUCGCGGUGUCAUUGACAUGCUACUUGCAUCUCAGGGCCUGCUGGACCACUUGGUGGCCAACGAGGAAUAUUCUACUGUAUUCAAAACCUGGUUGUCACCAGGUAACAACCUACCCACCUCUAUCCUUCGCCGUGCGGGUGCCAAAAUCAUAUCCGUUUGCAAGGCAUGCUCCGCAGACCAUGGCACUGCCUCCAUCUCUGAGAGCUGGGAUAUUGCUGUUCAAUUAGAGACAUCUCUGACUUCGCUUGAGAAAUCUCACGCUGAAAACUCCAAGCACGUCUCAGUCAAGAGCUUACCUCCCUUGGAGACCAUGAAAGCCUUAACACUGGACGACAAAAAGUCCCAUUCAUCGCAACUCAAUGAACAGCCUAAGAAUGAUCUCCUGAUCCCGGACGAGACCCUCGCACAGCUACGUCUUUUCGAUAUUAACAUUCCAAUUUCUUCUCGCGGAAUGACCCUCGCCUGUGAGAAAAUUCAAACCGAGAUACUUCCACAGCUUUUGCGCUGCGCUUUAGAGACAUUUCCCUGCAGAAUGUGUCUAGAUAGACUAAGUGGAGGACUGAGCCCUCUCGACUUGGUCAUUCCAACAGAGCCGCAAUCAGCCGGGAGCACAACGCAGCUUGAUUAUGCUCAAGAAAUCUUCGGAAAGCGGAUCGGCCUUUGGAAAGUCCUACUUUCCGAUACUGCUCUGAAGUCUGCAAGUAUUUUAGCUGACAAAGCGUCUCUUUCCGCCGUCGUUCAGGCUCUCAAAGCCCUUUCAAGUGGUCAAUGGUCUGGUAAGAAUCUGUCUCGGCCAAUGGGGUCCAAUAAGCAGAAGAAUGCACUGAAAGUCCCGGUCAUGGGAGCUACUGCAAACUCUACUGUUUCAGUUUUGUGGCAGAUUGAUGUCGGGUUCUAUGACGAGCUUCCGUGGGUUCAACAGCAUGUCAUAAAAGUAUGGCAAAUCGUAACCUCGAUUGCAGAGCUUGAGAACGCGAUCGAUCAGGUUAUCUCGGUUCAAACCUCCUAUUCCCUUGAACACACUGCGCUCUGCUUGGUACGGCCAGCUAAACAAUUCGAUGGAACAUGGAUUCCACAACAAUUUCAAAACGUCAAAGGCUCUCACCCAAAACCGCUCGAACCCAAUCUGAAUACAGGUCAAGUUUUGAUUGGGAUGUCAAACAAAUUUUACAGUUUCAAUGAGCCACUUCUCAACGCGCUUCUUGAUGGAAACAAAGAUGCCGAGUUUCCAUUUGAGCUUUCCGCUCAAGAGCUACAAGUUGUUAGACACUUCAGUACCUCCUCCUUGAUCUUGGGACGAAGUGGCACCGGCAAAACAUCUUGCUUAUUGUUCAAGAUGCUUGCGAGACAUCUUUUCAAAAAGUUUCGUUCUGAAGAACAUCACGCCCGACAGCUUCUUUUGACCCGCUCGGCCUACUUAGCUUCCAAGCUGCAAAGUUAUGCAAAGACCUUGAUUGACACUCAAAUGAAACCCACUUCGAGUCCCCCAGGUAGAGAAUAUGACCAAAAUCCGAUUUCUUUCUUUGCUCUCGGCCGUGAACAUUUUCCAGUCAUCUGCACUUACGACAGGUUCCUCGACCUAAUGGAAAUGACCCUCAGAAUGGCGGAUCGAAAGGACUUUUUGCAUGGCAUGGAUUCCAACAAGUCGAAAUACAUCGACAACCAAAAAGUAAAGUCGCGGGUAAUUGAUUUCAAUGUUUUCAAGACCGAAUACUGGGGCUGCUUAUCCGGACUGGCUCCGAGCUCUUGUUCCCCAGAGCUACUCUUCGCAGAAAUCAUGGGUGUAAUCAAAGGUUGCAGUCUUGUUGCAAAGAGGCUGAAGGUUUUACAGCGUACUGAAUAUGUUUCCAAGAAUGCAAAGAUGUCUCCUGCCUUCGCUUGCGAGGCUGAUCGAGAGAAGGUCUAUGUGGCAUUUGAACGAUAUGAAAAGCAGAAGCGACAGCGAGAAGAGAUCGAUGAGCUGGAUCGAGUUACUUUACUUCUGAAGUCUCUUAGAAACAACACCACAAUUGCAAGCCAGGUCCAGUGUUGCUUUGAAGAGAUCUAUGUUGAUGAAAUCCAAGAUCUUCGCUGUCUUGACAUUGUCUUGCUUUUGGGCUGUCUGAGUGAUGCCCGCGCGGGCGAUACCGCUCAGUGCAUCUCCAAGGAUUCGGUGUUUCGAUUCCCAGAGGUCAAAGACUUGUUCUUUGAUCACUACGAGAUCACCGCUAAGAAGCUGAAUCAACCCCUUCUCGCUCGGCCUGUUCAGUUCUCAUUGGCAAAGAAUUAUCGUUCUCAUCAGGGGAUUUUGAGCUUCGCAUCAUGGGUUAUGCAACUGCUUUGGAACGGAUUCCCCCAGACAAUUGACAAGCUAGAGCCAGAGAUUGGCGAGACUGGAGGCCCGAAGCCCAUUGUAUUUGCCGGGUUUGACUCCUCGAUUUUGUCCGCCAAGAUGAUUGGGCUCGUCAAACUCAAUGAUCAAGUAGCCAAUUUCGGUGCUGAGCAAGUCAUCAUCGUCCGAGAUGAUCUGGCAAAAGACAGGCUUCAAUGCCAAAUUGGCGAAAUUGCACUCGUGCUCACAGUUCUUGAGAGCAAAGGCAUGGAAUUUGACGACGUAUUGAUCUACGACUUCUUCGGAGGCAGCGAGUUGAGUAGCAGCUACCGCUGUUUGUAUCAGAUUGCCGCUUCCUCGCGGAUUCAAUUUGACCCUCAGAAACAUGCUGCCCUUUGUUCUGAACUCAAGCACCUUUACGUCGCCGUCACUCGAGCAAGACGACAGCUUUGGUUUAUGGAGAUUCAGGAGAAAAGCAUUGAUCCCAUUCUUCAGGCACUAUCGACAAGUGGCAGCCUCGAGCUUGCUGAAGUUGUCAAGCAAAAAGAUCCAAAUGUUGCUGAAAUGGUUAGAGUUCUCCGAGCUGGAGGAUCCGUGGACCCUGACAGAUGGUUGAAACGCGCACUUCACCUGCUGGAUCAGAAGAACUUUGCGGAUGCAUUGUUUUGUUACAAGAAGGCAAAAGACCUUCCAGGAAUUGCACGCUCCCAGGCUUGCCUCUAUGAACAAGACGCAAGAGCUUACAGAGCAGCUGGUGAUUUUGAAAACUCUUCAAUCUGUCUUGAAAAAGCAAUCCCACUUUUCCGGGAAAUUGGCUUUAUGGAACAGGUUGCAUCCUGCUACGAAGUACUUGGGCAAUUCGGCAAGGUUGCAGAAAUAUGGGCAGGUCUUGGUCAGAUUGAAAAGGCCGUGGGAUUUUUUGAAAAGGGCAAAAUGUUUUAUGAUGCCUGCAUGUGCUAUCAUGCGUGCGCCGACUACGAGCAAGCAGUCGAUGUUCUGCGCCGCGGUGAGAAAUUUGAUGAACUGAUUUACUAUUUCAAUCAAAACUGCCAAUAUCUAAGCGCGACUACGCGGGUUCGUUACUCCCGACUAUGCAACAUUUUACUCAAACAAGGGCGAAUCUCUGCCAAUUUGAGACUCGCCACAAUCAAUAUGCUCGGAAAUGAUGACACUAAGGUGGCCUUCUUCAGAGAGUUUGAGAUGUGGGAUCAGCUGCGCAGUCUCUUCUACACGAGUAGAAGGUGGUUCGAAUAUUAUGAGCUAUCACUGGCAGUAGGUGAUCUUUCUGUUGCCUUGCAGACGCUGUUACGCUGCGGACUUUUGCCUACCACCGACAAGCAGACUGUUCAGCUUCUUUUCCACUACGUUAUGGCAGAAGCAUUCCAUUGCCGCAAUGCUAAUAGCAAGGCACGUCGUAUCGAAGAGCAAACCAAUAUCUUGAGGGCUGUUAAAACAACCUGGCUUGAGCCUUUGGCCAAACAGUGGAUUGAAUUGCAAAAUUUUAGCGAAGAAUUCUCUGACCCUGAUGCUUCUAUGUCCAUAAAGAAGCUGCCAAAUGGAGUUUUGAAGGACUUCCUUUGUCUUUAUGCCGUCACCUUUGAGUUCACCAUUUUUGUUCGAUCUAACGGAUCGCUUUUGCCCAUGGACAUGCUAUCGCGAGUUUGCAAGCUGAUGCAGGAAUUUGAGGAGCAAAUCAAUGCCUAUCCCAGUUGCCUGGCUCUUGUCUUUGGUAUUUUUGCCGAUCCAAAGCAAGACACGGAUAUGCUCAAGUAUGCUAGAAGGGUUACUCAAGACAAAUUCUGCGCCGCAUUGUCCUUUUUCCAUGAGACCGCUUCGGUUCACAUGAAGAUUGACCACCCAGUGCCAUGUAACAAUCAAGUUUUUAAAGGUUACUGUUCAAGGACCGCUGAAGAUUGCUCCUUUAGUCAUGAAAGGAUUUCAGAUGAGAUGAUUUGUGUAAAAUUCAAGUAUCUUCUCGCUGUUGCGGAUGUUUUUGCAAAGAUCACACCUCUUUAUAGAGGGAGAUAUCUCACAGAGGAAUGGAGCAAGCAGUUCCUAGGGCGCAGAAGACAUUGGGUACAAAGGGUCCAAGAUGAGCUACUUAUUGUUGGCUCAAUUGAUCAAUCGGCUCUAGCGAUUGCACAGCUUCGAUGCACUCUGUACAAUGACCCAGAUUUCAUGGUUACCGCCUACUGCCUUGAAGAUCUGCUCUAUUAUCGCAUGCAGAAUGAGUGGAGAAGUUACUGCACUUUGACCUCAUUCUUAGACAAGGUUCAGCAAGCUCAAACUCUUGGACCUCAAACGGGACAACGAUUCCAUCGACAAUUGGUGCAUAGAAUUGAACAGAACAUUUCCUACAGCCAACGCAGUAUGGAAGAAAGCAGGACAUUGCCUCACCCACUCGCAGUUCCUUUGGCUGGCUUGAAGGCAGCCGAGAGGAUUCGCAUUGCGAUUGACAAACGUGCCUCGGACUUUCCCGCCGCGGUCCAGGUGUUUCUUCAAUGCCUUGAAAAGAGCAUUGUAUCCUCCCUUACUCACUUCCACACGAUACUUUCUGUGCUAGAACUUUCGGCCACAUAUGUUCUUGCUAUGUCAAGCCCAGACAGUGCAAUUGCAGUGCCCUGGUCCUGGGCUCUCUUGCAUCUUCCUACGGUCAUGUUGUCUUCAAGCAAAAGCGAAAUCAAGGAAAGAAGCAAGCGUGUCUACUCACAGCUGCUCAUUUUAAUUGUGUUCACUUUGUGCAAGACUGUCAGCAGGCUGGAAGCGACAAUCAAAGAGAACCCACUCCACUUCCUCCAAGGCAAAGGAUCCUGCGACAUUACUCCCGUUGUAAUGAGACGUCGUUAUAUCGAUUUUCUCACUACUAUCCUUCUCAAUUUUCAAAAUUGGCCCAGUCCACCAAAAGGUCUCAAAGAAAUGAGCACACUGAUUCACAAGACGGUGAAAGCCAACCUCCCCACAAACAUGCAUCUCGUCUUUUACAGCCAUGACGCUUUCAAACAGACUUGCAUUCGGGAAUACGAGAUGUACAAUGAGAAGGACAUGAUUUGCGUUGUUUCGCUCGAAAACAAAGACACUCCGCCCUUGUUCUUGAAAACAAUGGUCCAAAACAAUGCAAAGUACUGCAAGCUCGAUGAUAUCCUGCGCGCUUCGCAUGCGGUGGAGCAAAAUUCUGGCCUGGCAGAUCAAGCAGGAGAAACUCCUAGUAUCGAGGAAUACACUGGAUACGAGCUCGACAGGAUCGUGAAUCUCCAAAGAUGCUGGCGGAAGGUGAUGAGCGUCUUCCAGAUAAACCGCUGCUUCCGAGAAUCCCCCGAAGGGAAACUGUGUCAACAAGUGCAUGAGCUUACGUGCAAGGCUCUGCCCAUGGAGCUGCAUACCUUGGACCGAAUUCGCAUCCGCAAGGUGCUGUUCACAGAUUGCAUCAAGGUGAUCUGCGAGAUGGAAGUUCAACUCGCAGCCCUGCAGCAGUUGACCAAUAAGUGGCGCCGUCAUUUCAACAACUGUCCCUCUACCUCAAACCUGGAGGCACUAUCCACGCUCCGUGGUGAGAUUAUCUUGGUUGGGAAUAUGCUUCAAGUUGUGAAUAAGUCUUGGUCCCUCAAAGGACUUGAGAAAGUGCUCGGGUCAGUGAAUGACACGGUGCUAGCUGCCAGUGCUCGAGAUUCUCAACGGGCUCUGUUGGCUAUCCAGUAUGACAUUGGCAAUCUCAUUGACAAGAUCGAUGAUGUCGCAAGCAGCUAA